AUGGAAGAACACUCAGUUGGACCUCUAGUCCCUGCAGUAGUGAAACCAGACCCUUCCAAAAACUUCUCCACCGACACCACCGCCGCCGGCGACGCUUUUCCGGUUCCCACCAUGUCGGAGUUAGACAAGGACUUCCUAUGUCCGAUUUGCAUGCAGAUCAUCAAAGACGCGUUUCUCACCGCUUGCGGUCAUAGCUUCUGCUACAUGUGUAUCAUCACUCAUCUCCGGAACAAAAGCGAUUGUCCUUGCUGUGGUCAUUACCUCACUAACAGUAAUUUGUUCCCGAACUUCUUGCUCGAUAAGCUACUAAAAAAGACAUCAGAUCGUCAAAUAUCAAAGACUGCUUCUCCUGUGGAGCAUUUCCGGCAGGCAGUACAAAAGGGAUGUGAAGUGACAAUGAAGGAGCUCGACACCCUUUUGUUACUCCUUACUGAGAAGAAGAGAAAAAUGGAACAAGAAGAAGCUGAGAGAAAUAUGCAAAUAUUGUUAGAUUUCUUGCAUUGCUUACGCAAGCAAAAAGUUGAUGAGUUGAAGGAGGUGCAAACUGAUCUCCAGUUCAUAAAGGAGGACAUUGGUGCUGUGGAGAAACAUAGAAUGGACUUGUAUCGUGCUCGGGACAGUGGCCUCGCAUCUAGUCCUUUAAAUCUUCGAGGAGGGUUGUCUUCAGGGAGCCAUACUAAGAAAAAUGAUGGAAAAUCACAAAUCAGCUCUCAUGGGCAUGGAAUCCAGAGAAGAGAUCCCAUCAGUGGAUCAGAUUCACAGUAUAUAAAUCAAUCGGGUCUUGCUCUAGUUAGAAAGAAGAGGGUGCAUACACAGUUCAAUGACCUACAAGAAUGUUAUCUACAAAAACGGAGGCAAGCAGCAGAUAAACCACAAGGCCAACAGGAAAGGGAUACGAGUUUCAUAAGUCGAGAAGGUUAUAGUUGCGGUCUUGAUGAUUUUCAGUCAGUCUUAACAACUUUCACACGCUACAGUCGAUUGAGAGUCAUUGCAGAAAUAAGACACGGGGAUAUAUUUCAUUCAGCCAACAUUGUUUCAAGCAUAGAGUUUGACCGUGAUGAUGAUUUGUUUGCUACUGCCGGAGUUUCCCGACGUAUCAAAGUUUUUGAUUUUUCUGCGGUCGUGAAUGAACCCACAGAUGCUCAUUGUCCUGUUGUGGAGAUGACUACACGUUCAAAACUUAGUUGCUUGAGUUGGAACAAAUAUGCUAAGAACCAAAUAGCUAGUAGUGAUUAUGAAGGCAUUGUAACUGUUUGGGAUGUGACCACUCGAAAGAGUUUAAUGGAAUAUGAAGAGCAUGAAAAGCGUGCAUGGAGUGUUGAUUUUUCAAGAACGGAUCCCUCUAUGCUUGUAUCCGGUAGUGAUGAUUGUAAGGUCAAAGUUUGGUGCACGAAUCAGGAAGCCAGUGUUAUAAAUAUAGACAUGAAAGCAAACAUAUGCUGCGUGAAGUAUAAUCCUGGAUCCGGGAAUUACAUUGCAGUUGGGUCAGCAGACCAUCAUAUCCAUUAUUAUGAUUUGAGAAAUAUUAGCCGGCCUGUCCAUGUUUUCACUGGGCACAAGAAGGCUGUUUCAUAUGUGAAAUUUUUGUCCAACGAUGAACUUGCGUCAGCAUCAACAGAUAGUACACUGCGGUUAUGGGACGUGAAGCAAAACUUACCAGUUCGUACUUUCAGAGGCCAUGCAAACGAGAAAAACUUUGUAGGCCUUACAGUAAGCAGUGAAUACAUUGCAUGUGGCAGUGAAACAAACGAAGUAUUUGUCUACCACAAGGAAAUUUCGAAGCCUCUGACGUGGCAUAGAUUUGGUACCCUAGACAUGGAAGAUGCGGAGGAUGAGGCGGGAUCUUACUUCAUCAGUGCGGUAUGCUGGAAGAGUGAUCGCCCCACCAUACUAACUGCAAAUAGUCAAGGCACCAUCAAAGUGCUGGUGCUUGCUGCUUAA